AUGGCCGAGAAGCGCCCCCGCCGCCCGUCUGACGAUACAGGCGCGGCUGGACAGAUGAUUGUCAAGAGACAGAAUGUGGGAGUUAGUACUGCAUUGGCUCGUCGCGACGCUUCUUCAAGUGGUGCUUUGAUUCAAUCUGCUCCCCGAACGAGUAGCCUCGACGCUCCGGUGAUGGAACUCACUGGCCAUGCUGGCGAAGUCUUUUCCGCACGAUUUGAUCCCACCGGCAACCUCGUUGCAACAGGGUCCAUGGACCGCAGUAUACUUUUGUGGCGGUCCCAUCACGACUGUGAGAACUACGGUGUUUUGAAUGGUCAUCGUGGCGCGGUAUUAGACCUUCAAUGGUCCCGAGACUCCUCUAUUCUCUUCUCCGCAUCCGCCGAUAUGCACCUCGCAAGUUGGGAUUUGACAUCGGGCCAACGGAUACGGCGGUACAUCGGCCAUGAGGAGAUUAUCAAUGCAAUGGACAUCACAAAGCGAGGCGAAGAAAUACUCUUUAGUGGUAGCGACGACGGCACCAUUGGAAUAUGGGAUCCACGGACGAAGAAUGCCUCCGACUACAUUGAGACAGAGUUCCCCAUCACCGCUGUGGCAGUGUCUGAAGCUGGAAAUGAGAUCUACUCUGGAGGAAUUGACAACGACAUCAAAGUUUGGGACUUGCGGAAGAAGGCUGUCGUAUACUCAAUGCUGGGCCACAACGAUACCAUCACCAGUUUGCGUGUCUCUCCGGAUGCUCAAUCUUUGCUGUCAUACUCGCACGACUCGACCGCCAAGACUUGGGACAUUCGACCUUUUGCACCUACAGAAAGACACAUUCGCACUUUCGAUGGUGCACAAGCCGGGAUUGAAAAGAAUCUGAUGCGGGCUAGCUGGGACAAGAACGGUAAACAGAUCGCUGCCCCUGGUGGUGAUGGAACCGUGGUCAUCUGGUCCAGUGACAACGGCAAACUGCUGUACAAGCUCCCAGGUCAUAAGGGCACGGUAAAUUGCGCAGAGUUCGCGCCAAGCGAAGAGCCGAUCAUCCUCUCUGCGUCGUCUGACCGCCGAAUCUUGUUGGGCGAGCUGCGAUGA